AUGGCCGACGCCAUGAUGACUGACGCGCCCGCGAUUGAUUCCGACGCGCCCUUCUCUCUUCGCCCUCGGUUCAAAAUCUCCGAUUUGCCCUUGGUCAAAGAACAACGCUCCACCAUCGACGCCCUCCUCCUGAAAUUCAAGAAACAAGGCGGCUAUGACUCCCUGCGGAAGCAAGUCUGGGCAAGCUACAAUACAUCGGACGCGAAGACGGCGUUGACGGAUCAGAUCCACACCAUUGCAGAGCAGGAGAUCGAGAAGGAUCCCAAGCUUUUGAGCAGGGAGAGGGGCAAGGCCGCUACGCUCAUUCAGGGUGCCGUGGAGAGGAGCGGGAUCUACACUGAUGUGGAGAGCCGCAUUGACGUCGAAAUUGCAAAGCAUCUGAGCACGGUGUUGGAUGCGGUGCGGGAUAUCCGACGCGCAGAUGUCGGGGUCGAGGUUGCCGCGGAAGAGGAACAGAGGGGCGGCAAGAGUGAUGAACAGUACUCGCAAGAAACCCAGAACCGGGCUGCUGAACGGGAGAGGAACAGGUCCAGGAUGGAGCAACUGCUUCGGGAAACGGCGGAGCUGAAAGCCAAGAUCAAGGCGCAGGAGGAGAAGAAGCGCAAAGAGGAAGAAGCCAAGCGUGAGGAGGAAGAGAGGAAGAGACGCGAGGCAGAGGCGGAGGAGCGGAGACUUGCGAGAGAAAAGAGAAGAAAGGAAGAAGAAGAAAAAGAGGCCGAACGCAUCAAGGCUCGAGACGAACGACAUAGGAAACGUGAGGAGGAGAGACGGGAAAGACAUGCUCGAUACGAAAGAGAGCGAGACAGGGAACGAGACCGCGACAGAGACCGAGACCGAGAGCGCGACCGUGGCCGUGACCGUGAUCGUGAGAGAGACCGCAGUCGAGAUCACGACCGUGAAAGGGAGCGCAGACGAAGCGCUGAUCGCCGCGGUUCGAUCGCAGAAUCAGCCACCGUGACCACCACUAAAGACGUGGCACAAACGGACGAAAAGGAUCUGGAAGCCACGGCGCUUGAGCUGCUCCUCAGCGAAGGCAAGAAAAUGGCCGAAAAGGCUAAAGAGCGACCUGCGUAUGAUUUUGAGAAGUCCGAACUCCACGAUAGUUCGCGCAAAUAUGCUUCUACCUCCGAUCGUUAUCCCCGAAGAACGAGAGACAGGUCUCGAGACAGCCACAGACGCCGAAGCAGAUCUCGGGAACCCCGGUCGUCUGUUCAAGAAAGGGAAAAGGAUAGGUCCCGUGAUAGGAGGUCCUCUGUUGUUCAAGAAAGGGAGAAAGAUAGGUCCCGCGACAGGAGGUCCUCUGUUAUUCAAGAAAAGGAGAAGGGGAAGCCUGAUACGCCUCGCGCCAGAAGUCCAAGCAAAGACCGUGAAGAGGGUGAGGCACGCAGUCGACAGAAUUCUCCAUCGCCAACCCAGGAAAAGCGAACGACCAGGGAAACUCGGGAAAGGAGGCCUCGGUCCGCGUCACCACUGGGCAUCGACCGCUACGUUCCUGGCGGAGGGACUCAUCGGACUGAGGAAGAGCGCGAGCGUGAUCGGCAGAGGCGUCAUUUGAGGGAUUCUGAAAAGGACUCGCGCAGAAAAUACGACAGUCACCGAAGUGACCGGGAUGGCGGUGAACGUGAUAAAGAUAGGGACCGUGAUAAGGAUCGAGUCGAUGCAGAUCGUGAUCGGGACCGGGAUCGAGACCGCGAUCGAGGCACUCGUGACCGGGAGAGUCGGAGAGACCGGAGCCGCGAACGCGAUAGGUCUCGAGACCGUGACAGGGACAGAUACCGAGAGCGAGAGCGAGAUCGUGGUGACCGUGACCGGGAUCGUGAGCGGAGUCGAGACCGAGAUCGCGAGAGAAAGAGAUCUCCAUCUCGGGAUCGAGAUCGUGACCGCGACCGCGACCGCGACCGGGACAGGAGAGAUCGAAGCCGCCGCCGCGAUGACCGAAGAGACGACAGACGAGACGAUCGAAGAGACGACCGCAAGGACGACCGUCGCGAUGAUCGAAGAGUUGACAGGAAAGACGAUCGGCAUGAUGACCGAAGAGACGACAGGAAAGAUGACCGGCGUGAUGAUCGCCGCGACGACCGCAGACGGGAGCGCGACCGAGGUGGCGACGCCGGUCGAGACCGCGAUUCUGUCAAAAUUGAUCGAUAUGUCCCCGGGCGUUGA